AUGAUCAACUUUGGGGGUGGGGAUUCUUUUUUCUUUCUUAUCUUCAUUUUCCUAAUCAAACAGUUUCUUCAUUUUUUUCUCAUCUUUGUUUCUCUCUCACCUCAAGAAGAAAAUAGAUUCAUUUUUACAAUUUUCUUUUAUUACUUUUCUGCUGCUAUCCCUUUUCUUUUGUCAACUUCCAAUGUGAUCUCCUCAAUUUCUCUUCUGCUUUACUCAGUUUUCUCAAAACUCUUCUCCCUUACCUUCCUCAUCCUCUUUCUCUUCCAUGCCCUCCUCAGUUUCCUCAUCCUCUUUCUCUUCCAUGCCCUCCCCAGUUUUCUCAAACUCUCCUCUCUUAAUUUCCUCAUCCUCUUUCUCUUCCAUGCCCUCCUCAGUUUUCUCAAACUCUCCUCCCUUAACUUCCUCAUCCUCUUUCUCUUCCAUGCCCUCCCCAGUUUUCUCAAACUCUCCUCCCUUAAUUUCCUCAUCCUCUUUCUCUUCCAUGCCCUCCCCAGUUUUCUCAAACUCUCCUCCCUUAACUUCCUCAUCCUCUUUCUCUUCCAUGCUCUCCCCAGUUUUCUCAAACUCUACUCUCUUAAUUUCCUCAUCCUCUUUCUCUUCCAUGCCCUCCCCAUUUUUCUCAAACUCUCCUCCCUUAACUUCCUCAUCCUCUUUCACUUCCAUGCUCUCCCCAGUUUUCUCAAACUCUCCUCUCUUAAUUUCCUCAUCCUCUUUCUCUUCCAUGCUCUCCCCAGUUUUCUCAAACUCUCCUCUCUUAAUUUCCUCAUCCUCUUUCUCUUCCAUGCCCUCCCCAGUUUUCUCAAACUCUCCUCUCUUAAUUUCCUCAUCCUCUAUCUCUUCCAUGCCCUCCUCAGUUUUCUCAAACUCUCCUCCCUUAACUUCCUCAUCCUCUUUCUCUUCCAUGCCCUCCCCAGUUUUCUCAAACUCUCCUCCCUUAACUUCCUCAUCCUCUUUCUCUUCCAUGCCCUCCCCAGUUUUCUCAAACUCUCCUCCCUUAAUUUCCUCAUCCUCUUUCUCUUCCAUGCCCUCCCAGUUUUCUCAAACUCUCCUCCCUUAAUUUCCUCAUCCUCUUUCUCUUCCAUGCCCUCCCCAGUUUUCUCAAGCUCUCCUCCCUUAAUUUCCUCAUCCUCUUUCUCUUCCAUGCCCUCCCCAGUUUUCUCAAACUCUCCUCCCUUAAUUUCCUCAUCCUCUUUCUCUUCCAUGCCCUCCCCAGUUUUCUCAAACUCUCCUCCCUUAAUUUCCUCAUCCUCUUUCUCUUCCAUGCCCUCCCCAGUUUUCUCAAACUCUCCUCCCUUAACUUCCUCAUCCUCUUUCUCUUCCAUGCUCUCCCCAGUUUUCUCAAACUCUCCUCUCUUAAUUUCCUCAUCCUCUUUCUCUUCCAUGCCCUCCUCAGUUUUCUCAAACUCUACUCUCUUAAUUUCCUCAUCCUCCUUCACUCCCAUGCAUUCCUCAGAUUUCUCAAUCUCUCCUGCCUUAACUUCCUCCUUCUCUCUCAUUCUUUCUCAGAUUUCUCAAGCUCCCCUCGCUUUUCCUCAUCCUCCUCUUCUCUUAUUCUUUCCUCAGAUUUCUCAAAAUCUUCUCCCUUAA